AUGGCUGGUAUUCUCUCUACUGGACUGCUCGCUUUGGCGGCCGUUGCCAAUGCUCUUCCGCAAGGCUCUACUGGAUCUGGAUCUUCCUGUCAGCAGCUUGGAAGUGGCACCAAGCAAGGCGCUUACACCAUCAAGUGCGGAACUGACCGUGUUGGUGGAGACCUCUCCAACGCUCAAUCAUCAUCUUUCUCCGGCUGCAUUCCACUCUGCGAUGCCUUGGCAGACUGCAUCGGCUUCACCUACGUGCAGGGAAGUUCCUUUUGCUAUUUCAAGAGCUCAUUCGCCGCGGAAUCCACCGACCCAAAUGUCGACGUUGCCGUCAAGCCCGUCGCUUCAUCGCCCUCGAGCUCUGCAUCAGGCUCAGCUGGGCCUACGGGCACUGCUACAUCGACCGCUGCUCCUGCCACUAGCGAUACCGCUACGUCGACAUCUGCGGCUCCUUCAUCUACCGCAGCUGGCAGCUGUGACGCCAUCGGAAACGGUAACACAUUCGGCAACGGAUACACCGCGACUUGCAGGACCGAUGCCAGUGGAGGUGAUCUUUCCAACGCACAGGUUUCGUCAUUUGCUGGUUGCGCUCCAGUCUGUGAUUCUGCCCCUGAAUGUAUUGGCUUCUCAUACUUUAACGGACAUUGUUACCUGAAGAGGUCGCAGAAUUCGUUCGCAUCCAAUGAUCAUGUCGAUGUGGCCUUCAAACCCGCUUCCAGUUCGAGCACCACCGCUCCAUCAACCACGGCAACAACGACCACUACCAUGUCCUCAUCUUCCGCUUCAACUCCCUCGUCCUCAGCUCCAGCCACUACCACCACCACCAAGACCUCAUCCUCCGCCUCCCCAAGCAGCACUUCCACUUCUGCCAGCUCAAGCAUACCACCAGCACCAGCUCCUUCCGGAGUGAUCRUCAGCCCUGCUCCUCCAGCAGGCAGCGAAAACGAUUUCUGCCCUAAUCUCCGCCAGGCAUUCCAUUUCAAAUUGGCCACCGUGGUAACCCGUGGUAACGCAGCACUUGAUGGCCUCUUCUUACAAUCCCCAUCCUACACAGCUUCAAUCUCUCCCCCACGUCUCGUCUCCGGCUAUGCCAAUGGCGGACGCUACGUGCAGACAAACAGCAACAACUGGUUCAACAUCGCUCCGRCCAUUGCGUCCGUCACCUCAUCCGGAACCUGCUCCACCACCGGUCUUGCGCUUUACGAUUCGGGCAGCGAGCAAGGUGCCGUGGGUCUUGUACCCAAUCUCGCUACGUCAUCCACUGUGGACAUUCUAACGACCGUCAACUACAUUCUCCCCUUCUCGACCUUUAAAUUCGGUUCCUUCUACGCAUGUCCAGCUCCUGGCGGCGCUGCCACUCUCCGAUGGGUCAAGGCCAAUGGCUCCAAUUACUUUGGAUCUCGUUAUAACACGCUUGACUUGAACAACUGUGCCCUGGUCACCCUUCAGAAGAUUCUUUAA